UGACACAGAUCCAAGUAUUAAAGAAACUGAAUACUAUAUUUACCCCACGUAGCUGCUACUCUGAAACUUGAGAAAUAUUACACAUUUGAAUCUGCACAUAAAUAGGGAAGAGUAGUGCAUCAUUUUUCAGACUGCACUGCUGAAAGUCUCGGACCUUUUUACAUCAUAAGCUACGAGGCCACUUGCAGGAGAAAUGAGACCGAAGAUCUAUCUGUUUGGAGACUCCAUCACUGAGGAGUCCUUCUCCCCCGGUGGAUGGGGUUCUUCUCUAGCACAUCACUUCGCCCGCACGGCGGAUGUGGUGUUGAGAGGGUAUAGCGGAUACAACACGAGAUGGGCUCUGAAGGUGAAAGAGAGGGUGUUUCCGGAGGCGGAGAGCGGCGAUGCUCCGGUGGCAGUGACGGUGUUCUUCGGCGCAAACGACGCCGUUAUCCCCGACCGAUGCGGUGGGUUUCAACACGUGCCUCUUGAUGAGUACAAGCAGAAUCUCCUCGACAUUAUCGCCUUUCUCAAGAAGCAAUGGCCGUCUACUCGCAUUAUCCUCAUCACACCUCCACCAAUCGAUGAAGCUGCACGUCUCCUGGACCCAUAUAUCAACAACCUUUCCGGGCUUCCUGAGAGGACAAAUGAGUCUGCGGGUAGAUAUGCCAAACAAUGUCUUGCUGCAGCGGCUGAAUGUGGAGUUCCGGCUAUAGAUCUCUGGACAAAAAUGCAGCAGUCUCCUGGAUGGCAAAAGGCCUGUUUGAGGGACGGUCUGCAUCUCACUGAGAAUGGAAACAAGGUUGUGUUUGAGGAAGUGAUAGGGCAGCUACGGGAAGGUGGAAUAAGUCUGGAGACUCUACCAGCGGACCUCCCGCUCUGGGCUGAGAUCGAUCCGAAUGAUCCACUCAAGUGUUUUGAAAAGUAGUUCAUUGAAGACAACCUUUUUGCUUCCGCUCUCUAUUCAGUGUACUUGCAAUGGGACGAUGUGGUUUUAUCACAAGCUUAAAUCCCAAGCAUACGGUUUGUGUCUGCUCACGUGGGUUGUUUUUGUCGAACUUGAUGUCUUGUAAAAUGCCUUAGGCAUUAUACAAUUUACUAUCUGUUUAAUUACUUCACCAUGAAGGAGAGAGUUCAUCAUUUCGUUCUGUAUGUGUACGUUAAGCAUUAGAUUGGCAUGCUGGCAGCCACAGAUGUUGUUCUAGGUGCUGCUAAUGAAGAUAGUCGAAAACAUCAUAUCUGGUUUUCUUAGCCGAUAAAUCCUUAAUUCAGAUUGAAUGGUAUGGGCUUAA